AUGACAAGUUUACCGACUUCACCGGACGAGGCAGAUGGUAACCGUGGAGUUAGCCUCAUUUCAUAUAAGAAUGAAAAGACAACUUUUACUAAUCAACCAGUAGAAUCAUCAUCCAGUUCCGAUUCUCAGUUUGAAGAUUCUUCUUCCCUAGGAUUCGAUACAAAAAGAUCAAUGUUCGAAGAGAAGAAACCAAAUUUUAAACCUCUUAAAACUAUGUCACCUACUUCACCGACCUCACCGAGUGGCCCUCUGUCACCGAGAUCACGGAAAUGUAACAGUGAAGAAAUUAUGGAGAAGUCUCGUCAGUUUGCAGAAAUGGUGCAGAAACCAAGUUUUUCAAUGAAAGCAAAGAAUUCUGAAUCCGAUGAAUAUUCACAAGAAACUCUACAAGAAUUUGAAUUAAAUAGAAGAUCUGUUAUCAGUAUGUCCACAAUGAAAAAGAAAGAUGUCCGCAGUCCAACUGAACCAGAGAAAAGCUUUAUACAAGCACACUUUGAACAAUCUAAAGAUAAGGAAAUUUGUUUUCAACUAUAA